GUUGGAAUACUGGAAAAUAAAUAAAUAAAUAAAUAACGCCGGUGACAGCUCUGGAUACAGUAUCAGAGACUCAUCAGCUUUUAAAACCGGCUAUUAAUUAAGGACCGGUUUAAAAAAAAUGAAAGAUGUCUCGGGAUAUCUGGUUCUUCAGCAGAGCACGAGCGCCAGCCCUGAAAUGGCGGCACAGUGGCACGCGCUUGAAGAUUUAUACAACAGAAAAUUGUGGCAUCAGUUAACUCUGAAGUUGACUGAGUUUGUGAAAGACCCUUAUUUUAAAGCUGGAGACACUCUUAUCCAGCUCUAUGAAAACUUCAUCAGUGAUUUUGAGCACAGAAUAAACCCCCUCUCUCUGGUGGAAAUUAUUCUCUAUGUUAUCAGACAAAUCACAGACCCAAAUGAUGCAAUUACCUUUCUUGAGAAGACGAAAGAAAAGGUGAAAAGCAGCGACGAAGCUGUAAUCUUGUGCAAAACGACUAUUGGGUGUCUGAAAUUAGAGAUCAAUGACCUCGCUAUGACAAAGAAACUGAUAGAGGAAGUGGAGGAGAUGCUGAAUAAUUUGUCUGGUGUAACAUCAGUCCACGGGCGUUUUUAUGAUUUAUCUAGCAAAUACUAUCGAUUUGUGGGAAACCACGCACUGUACUACAAGGAUGCGCUGCGAUAUCUCGGCUGCGUAGACAUAAAGGAUUUGUCUGAGACAGAGAAACAGGAGAGAGCGUUUACUCUGGGGCUCGCGGGACGUAUGUAUAAUUUUGGAGUGUAUAAUUUUGGAGAACUCCUGAUGCACCCAGUUUUGGAGUCUUUAAGAAACACAGACAAGCAGUGGCUUAUAGAAACGCUAUACGCCUUCAACAGUGGCAACGUUGUCAAAUUCCAGGCUUUAAAGUCAGCCUGGGGUCAACAGCCAGAUCUGGCAGCUCAUGAGGUCAAACUGAUGCAGAAGAUUCAGCUACUCUGCGUAAUGGAGAUGACUUUUAUACGGCCCACUAAUAACAGACAGCUCUCAUUCCAGGAAAUUGCACAGAGCGCCCAAAUCCCAGUGGAUGAGGUGGAGCUGCUCGUAAUGAAAGCACUCUCAGUUGGAUUGAUAAAAGGCAGCAUUGAUGAAGUGGAUCAGACUGUCCAGAUGACAUGGGUUCAGCCAAGAGUACUCGAUUUACACCAGAUUAAGGGCAUGAACGACCGGUUGGACUCGUGGUGUAAAGACGUGAAGAACAUGGCGGUGUUAGUGGAGCAGCAAGCCCAGGACAUCCUCACUUAACACAACGUAUUAAUUCUAUCAACAUUUAUCAUUCCACUAUUCCUUUUUUCUGUGUUUACACUGCCAUUGAGGACUUUCAUUUCCACACUUAAUGUUUUCUUUUAUGUUUUGUGCUAUUUGAGCUUUGUGGUUUUUUUUUUUUAUAAAGAUGUUUUUCUAGAUGCAUUCAAUUAAUAGAAUACCACCAGACUCAAAUAUCUAUGUAUUUAUCAUUCCUGAAAAUGCAAUUUUAGUCCAGAGAAAGAAAUAGUUAAUUUCUAAUAAAUGUAGUAUUUAUUAUAAAUUCCUUCCAUACUCAGAAAUAGUCUUGUGAAUUAAGGCACUGUAUAAAAUGUCAUUGUCAGGAAUUUCAGAUAUAAUAUCACUUAACUUACAGUGUGUCUAUUCUUGCUGUUUGACAAGUUUUGAAUUACUGAGAAAAAAUUUAAACCUGGAUAUGGGUACAUAAGUCAUAACUCUUAUAUGCACAGUUCACCGUAUAUCACGUAUCCCAAUGUUUAUGUAGUGAUUGAAAUUAUUUAUAGUCUGUUGCUGUGCAAGUCAAGGUUAUUCUGCUGCUAACUGUAAAUAUCUCAAAUAUAUUACAGGGUUAAAAAAAAUAAAUUAUAAAUUGUUAAAUUAAGCUGACCAGAAUUUAGACUAUUGAUGUACAGAUGGGUGACAUAUUAAAGGGUGACAUAAACAGUUCUGUUAUGCAGUGGGGGGGCAUUUAUUUAUUUUACUGGCAUGGUUUGUCUUGCUUAAAAAGAAAGUGUCACUGCAAAACAAUGUUGAGGUUUUCUGUCUGAUCACCUUUUAUCUUUUGAUGAACCAUGUCUAUGCUGAUGGGCGUGGUUUCUUCCAGGAUAACCCCGCCCCCAUUCACAGGGCUCACUGAAUGCUAAGAUGAAGAUUAAAAUGAUGUACAUCAUGUGUUAUUGUCUUCACGCUCACCAGAUCUCAACCCAUUUGAACAUCUAGGAGAUUUUGGAGGAACAGUGUUCAUUGCUCCAGAGACAUGUAGAAUGUACGCCAAGGGGUAUUGACACCGUUCUGGUGACUCAUGAUGGCCCAAUGUUGAUUUUUUAUUUUUUUUUAAAUUUGUCACCCACCUGUAAGUGUACUUAUAUGACUGUAUAUUGUACAGCAUCUGCAUUAGUGACUAAAGUCAAACUUAUAACCUGAAA